AUGACAAAAGAAAAGAGUUUAUCCACAGGUUAACUACAGUCAACUAUGAAUGAUUAAGUCUAAACAACUUUAUUGAGAAAAUUUUUUCAAUUUACCUCAAAACGAGACAAAAUCAUGAUUUUAUUAGGAACAAUAUCAGCAGUUGCUACUGGUACUUUGCUGCCUAUAAUCGCUAUUUUAAUUGGAGAUAUAUCAGAUGCCUUUGAACCUUUAAAUGACUCUGACUACAAACGAGCAAGCCUGUCUGAAAUAUCUAGUAAAAUUGGUAUUGUAUCAUUCUUCAUUUGGUUUUCUGGCUAUAUUUACUUUUCUUUCUGGCAACAUAUAGCAGAAAAUAUUACGAAUGAUUUAAGAAUCAGAUACUUGAACUCAUUACUUAAUUAGGAAGUUUAGUACCUCGAGUAAAUACAAGUUUAAUAAUUACCUUCUCUCCUUGGUGAAAAUUUCAGUUAGAUAUCAGAAUCAAUAGGUUAGAAGCUUUCAGCAUUUAUUUUCUCUUCAGUUAACAUGUUAGCAGCUUUAAUAGUAUCCAUUGUAAGGGGAGUUGAUCUCACAGCAAUUUUUUUCUCCGUAUUCCCUGCGAUGUUUAUAAUUUUGGCAUUUUUGGGUGCCAUUGUUAAAAAAACUUCAUAGUCUAAAAUAAAUGCUCUUAGCUAGAUGACUUAAAAAAUAGAUGAAACUUUGUUAGGAAUUAAAGUUGUCAAAACUUUUGCACAAGAAGAUAGAGAGAUAAAAAAAUUUGGGGAAAUAUCAGAAAAUUCAAGACUCAAAUCUGUGAAGGCUGAGUACUUCACAUGCGCUUUUAUUGCAAUAUUAAAAUCUGUUAUUUUUGGCUUCUAUGGAAUGAAUCUCUGGAUAGCAACUAUUUAUAUAGAUUAGAAAAGAAUAAACCCUAACACAGGAAAGUAGUAUACAGUUGGAGAAAUAUUCUCUAUAAUAUUUUGUGUUAUGAGUUGCUCAUCUAUGACUUUUCAACUUAUUCCUCAUUUAUAAGCAGUUCUCAAAGUUAGAAUAAUUGGAAAGUAAAUAUUCGACAUUAUUGAAAGAUAACCUUAUUAAAUUAGUGAUUCCCCAGUUCUAAUCUAAUAAAAUAUACCAAGUUUUAGUAGAAUUGAAUUCGAUAAAGUUACAUUUAGAUAUCCAAAUAACAAGAUUGAUUAGUUCAGCAAUUUUUCUUUCUAAAUUAAGGCUCAUACCUCAACUGUCAUAGUUGGGGCAUCUGGUUUAGGAAAAAGCACUAUUGCUUAACUUCUUGAAAGGUUUUACGAUCCAAAUUUUGGAGUAAUUCGUUUUGAUGAAAUAAAUUUAAAUGAUAUACCAAUAAAUGUAUUGAGAGACUCAAUUGGUUAUGUGUAACAAGAACCUAUUUUAUUGCAAGGAUCAAUCAGAGACAACAUUUUAUUUGGAAAUAAAGAUGCAUCAGAAAUCGACAUGAAAAAUGCAUUAUAAAAGUCAAAUGCGACAUUUGUUUAUGAUCUAGAAAAUUGGUUGGAUACAUAUGUAGGCACAUCUUCAUUGAUUAAUCUUUCUGGAGGAUAAAAAUAGAGAAUCGCUAUUGCUAGAGCAUUAGUUAAGAAUCCUAAAAUUUUAAUACUUGAUGAGGCAACUAGUGCUCUUGAUCCAAAGAGUGAGUAAGAAGUGUAAUAAGCCAUUUUUAAUUUAUAAAAUUUUAACAAAGAUGACGAAAAUAAGGAAGAGUAAAUUACUAUAAUAAUGAUUGCUCAUAGACUCUAAACAAUUUAAACUGCAUAAAACUUAAUUUAUCUUAGCAAAGAUUAGGGAGAAAUAAAAGUAAUAUAAGCUGAAAAAGGAACUGAGGAUUACGAGCAAAUAAUGAUAAAGCUUACUUUAUAAUCACAGAACAAGAGUAUAGAAGAUAAAUAAAUAGCAGAUAUAAUUUAAAAUGAAAAUUGCAAGUCUCAGCAGCUUAAAAUAGUAAUUAACAACUAAGAUGAUAUGAUUUUUCCAUCAGAAGGCAAUGAUGAUGUCAUCGAACAAAUAAAUAGAAAUAAUUAAAUUGCGUCACUAAAUAUCAAGGAAAUAGAUCAAGAAAGUAAGCAGAGCAAUUAAAAUUUUGGAACAUUUGGGAACAUAAUGAAAUAUUAUUGUCCUAAAUAUUUAGUGUUAGCGUCUAUUCUCUCGAGUUUGAUUGAUUCAUUCGCUCAUCCAUUGAAUGGAUUCAUAUUUUCCAAAAUUCUAUUUGUUCUAAUCAAUAAUCCAUAUUCAUCAACCUUUGAAGAAGAUAGAAAUUUUUGGUGCAGCUCAUAUAUGGUAUUGGUUUUAGCUGCUGGAAUUAGUGAUUUUGUCAAUAAUGGUAUACACAAACACCUGAAUGAAAACUUAACUAAUAAUGUCAGAGUAAAACUAUAUUCCACUAUCGUUAAGAAAAGAUUCGCUUGGUUUGACAAUAAAGAGAGGGCUCCUGGCAUACUUAGCGGUUAUUUAACAGAAGAGAUACGCCAUUUAAAUGGUUUGACUAGUCAAGCAAUUAACAAUACUUUAGAAUCAAUUUUUUGUCUAUUGAUUGGAAUUGGAAUAGCAUUCUUCCACUCUUGGAGAUUAGCCUUAAUUGGUAUGGCUGCUUCACCAUUUGUAGUCAUUGGAGGAAUAGCAAUCUAGAUUGCUUUGUGGAACAAAGCUUAAAACACAACAAAAGCUGGCAGUAAAGAAAAAAUAAAGAUCUAGCCUUAUGAUUAAGCUAAUAGUCUAAUCUCUGAAAUAUUAACCAACUAUAAAACUGUAAUAAGCUUUGGAUCUAAGAAUAUUGAUUAUCUAAUUGAAAAAUAUCAAGUACUUCUCUAGGAGCCUCAUAGGAACGCAGUAAAGUAUGCUCAUUACUCUGGAUUAAUGUAUGGAUAUUCAAUGAGUAGCAUGUACUUAUUUACUGCGUUUAUGUUUGGAAUAAGCGCUAAAUACAUUAUUCUUUAUUAUGAUGACCCCGAAGAAUCCUUUGUAGCUAUAUACACUAUGCUGUAUUCUGCUUUGUAGGCAGGAGUCUUAAUCUCCCAAGUUCCAUCAUUAGAUAGAGCUAAACAAGCAGCUCAAAAGAUAUUUUCUAUAAUAUGUGAAGAUGAUAACUUGAAAAAUCAACACUCAUCAGUUAAAGUAUAGCAAAAUUCAGAACAUAAAAUUAUAAAUGGUUCAGUUCAAUUCAAAAAUGUUCAAUUCAAGUAUCCCUCAAGAGAGGAAAAGUUAUUUGAAAAGCUUAACUUAACAAUACCUGCUGGGCAGAGAGUUGCCAUAGUAGGACAUUCUGGAAGUGGCAAGAGUACAAUCGCUAAUCUAAUAAUCAGAAUGUACGAAAUAGAUUAAGGCGAAAUUUUAAUCGAUGGAUAAAACUUGAAAAAUUUUGAAGUAUAAAGUUAUUUGGAUUAGAUUGGUUAUGUUAUGCAAGAACCAAUCUUAUUUGAUAUGAGUAUUAAAGACAACAUUAAAUAUGGUCAUCCUGAAGCCUCUGACUAUGAAGUAAGAUAAUCAGCCAUUUUGGCAAAUGCUAUUAAGUUCAUUGAGGGUCGAAAAAAUAUUGGUUAAAGCACUGCAUCAAAAGAUUUCUCUAUAAUCAUUGAAAAUGAUGAAGAUGAUAAUGAUGAUUAAUAAAAGUAUAAUGAAUUUAAAAAUCAUUUUGAAAAAGAACUCUAAAUCUAUAGAGCAUAAUAAUCUUCAGCAAAAAUUGAAUAUAAUAUGAAGAUAAUAUCUUUACUCAUAGAUUAAGGUGAUUAAUAAAUUAGUGAUAAAAUUAAUCAGAACACUUAGCUCUUAAUUAAACUCACUUUCUAGUCAGAUUAAAAGGAUUAUGAUAUAGUCAAACUUUUGGAAAAAUUCUUCUGGGAAGUAGAAGUUCAAGAAAUUAGAAAUUAUAUUUAAACAGCACCUGAAUGUGAAAACAAAUAGGAAAUUACAAGUGAAAUAGAAGAACAGUUUAUCUAAAAUCAAGGCAAAUUUGAUAAAGAAACAGUUUAAAUAUUCUUUAAAAAAUCACUUAAUUCAGAAAAAGAUCAGAAAUAAAGUACUUUUAAAGAAUUUAUUGACAAUGCACAAAAUUUAGAGAGAAUCGAUAUCAUAAAAAAGAAACUUGAAGAAAAAUUUUAAUAGAUUAAAGCUAAAUUAGAAAACACUCAUAUUUUAUCAGAUGACUCAUUGCAUCAAGGGUUUAAUAAGCAAUGUGGUCCUAAAGGUUCAAAACUAUCAGGAGGGUAAAAAUAAAGAAUUGCUAUAGCUCGAGCAUUAAUUAAAAAUCCCAAGAUUUUGAUUUUAGAUGAGGCAACUUCUGCUCUCGAUGAAGAGUCUCAAGAAUAAGUUUAAAAAGCUCUUGAAACAGCAAUGGAAGUGGAUUAUUGUUAUGGAUAAGGGAGAGAUUGUUGA